UUUCCUGUUUGUUCACUCCGUGUUGCAGUUCACUUCCGAUGUCUAUCUUGCCGUUUAUAUCAUCUUUAGCCCGGACCGGCAUUUUCCCACAACACCCUGCUUCAGCGUUAGACAACGAAAAUGGCGGAUAGCGCAUCAUUGGUCGAUAUUGUUGAGGGCUGUCGCCUCCCGGUUCUUCGUAAGAAUCAGGAAAAUGAGGACGAAUGGCCAUUGGCUGAAAUUCUAAGUGUGAAGGAAGCCUCAGGAAGAAAGCUAUACUAUGUGCACUAUAUUGACUUCAACAAGCGUCUGGAUGAGUGGGUCACAGCGGACAGGCUGGACAUUAAAAAGCUUCAGUUCCCCAAGAAAGAAGCUAAAACACCAACCAAGAAUGGUCUUCCAGGCUCCCGCCCCAGUUCUCCAGAAAGAGACGUGAGGAAGAGUCUAGAUCUCAACCUUCAAUCUGCCACAGCUCCCUCCAGAGGCAAAACUCUUCCUACACCGAAAAGGAAAGCAGAGACGGUCUCCUUGACGACUCAGGUAUCAGCUGCCACCUCAAUGCCCUCACUGCCAGGUUCAGCUGAAGCCUCUCAGGCAUCUGUUUUUCCUGCUGUGAGAGACACCAACACCUUUAAGUCCCGUGAAGACCAUGAGCAGCUCUCCUCUCUCACAACGAAUGGCACCGCUAGACGACUCAUCCCCACUCAGCCUGGGAGAAAAAGGAAAGCUAAUUGUGGAGGCACUGAUGAGAUGGUAAAGGUUUUGCAGUAUAACAGCCCUCAAAGUGCCAGUGUCUAUCUGCCACCACCAGAGGAUUCCCAGGACAGUUCUGACGGCAUCCCGUCUGCACCCCGCAUGACGGGCAGUCUGGUGUCUGAUCGUAGCCAUGAUGAUAUAGUCACUCGGAUGAAAAACAUAGAGUGUAUAGAGCUCGGCCGUCACAGACUGAAGCCCUGGUACUUCUCGCCAUACCCACAGGAACUCACCACACUGCCAAUCCUCUACCUCUGUGAAUUCUGCCUCAAGUACCUCAAAAGUCUGAAGUGUCUACAGAGACAUUUGACCAAAUGUAAUCUAAGACAUCCUCCGGGCAAUGAGAUCUACCGCAAAGGAACCAUCUCAUUCUUUGAGAUUGACGGCAGGAAAAACAAAACUUAUUCCCAAAACCUAUGUUUACUAGCCAAGUGUUUCUUGGACCAUAAAACCUUGUAUUAUGACACAGACCCUUUCCUCUUCUAUGUCAUGACUGAGUACGACCCCAAAGGAUUCCACAUAGUGGGCUACUUCUCUAAGGAGAAAGAGUCUACUGAAGAUUAUAAUGUAGCCUGUAUUCUUACGUUACCUCCAUACCAGCGGAGAGGCUACGGCAAACUGCUCAUUGAGUUCAGUUAUGAGCUGUCCAAGGUUGAAGGGAAGACCGGUACUCCAGAGAAGCCACUUUCUGACCUGGGGCUUUUGUCUUACCGCUCAUACUGGUCCCAAACCAUCUUGGAAAUUCUCAUGGACCUUAAACCUGACAAUGGGGAAAGGCCUCAGAUUACCAUCAAUGAGAUCAGUGAGAUCACAAGUGUGAAAAAAGAAGAUGUAAUAUCAACACUUCAGUACCUCAAUCUAAUCAACUAUUACAAGGGUCAGUAUAUCCUGACGCUUUCAGAGGACAUCGUGGAGGGUCAUGAACGAGCCAUGCAGAAGAGACACUUGCGCAUAGAUCCUAAAUGCCUUCACUUCACUCCUAAGGACUGGAGCAAAAGGGGCAAGUGGUAGAACCCCAGCUCGGUUCACAGAGUUACCCCUCCCUACUGCUUACGGAUAACAGACUUAAAGCAAAGAGUGUAUCUGAACAAGGUUUUUGUCAAGUAGUCUCAGCGAGAGCAUUUGUACAGAAACACUUUUGAAUCAGUCUCCUUUUGUUGAAAAUGAAUGUAUAAUGUCACUUUAGACGAACAGGCAUUUAUCGCCCAUAUUUGGUAUAUUAUUGUGGAUACAAACGAACUCUUGGGAAGGAGUAGGAGACACUUUACCAGUGACACAGCUAAAAAAGAAAAAAAUAAUGUCCUGACAAAAGCAACAAAGAAACUGUAAACAGUUGUGUUUACAACUGCAAAAGUGUCACAACUGGAAAACUGUGAAAUUUUAAACCUAACAUUUCAAAUACACUAUCCACACAGAAGUGGUAAGUCUGUUGAUAUCAUUUCUAUAGUGAUUUCCUUCAUUGUUGACAGCCUGUCCAUGUAAUGUGAAGCUCUGGGGCGGGUGGGGGGGAUUUGGUUAUAGAGAUGCGGCAAGGGAAGAGUAAUGUUUUUGGCCGACAGAAACACUGUGUAUUUUUGUCUUUAUCGUUUGUACUGUAUCUGCCACACAAAGAAGUUCAAAAAAAUCUAUCCAGGAACCUUUUACAUUUUAUUGUACAGGUCAGGUGAAGUUAUGCCUUGGAGUGUGUGCUGAGUCUGACAUUGUCACAUCCACCGCCCUACAGAAAUUGCCCCGACUUCCUGGGUUAUUGUACAGCUGAAGUUAAACACCUCAGAAUGGAAACUUUUCUAGCUUUUGAAAGGAAUUAUUCAGUCUUUUAGACUAUUAGUCAGACAAAACCAGACAUUUUGAACAUGUCAGCAGUGGCUCCAUAAAGUCGAAGUGCGCAGUGUUUUAUCAUCUUGUUAAAUCGACCGUUUGAGAAAACAGUCAUUAGAUUAUUUGGUACCACUUCACAAUAAGGGUACAUUAAUUGAUGGUGAUUAAUAAGCAUUAACUAACAGUUCAUUAUGAGUUAACUAAUGUUAGUAAUCAUUUAUUAAUGGUGUUUGUUAGUUAAUACAGUGGGCAUUAACACAUUAAGAUUUGUUUAGUAAUUAUUAAUGUUCAGUAGCUUAAAAAUUUAAUGUUUAAACUAAUACCGUAACAUGAAUGUAAUAAAUAAAUGACUAAACCGUUAACUCUGAAUACAUUUAAUGCUUAUUACUGCUUUAAGUACUGUUAAUAUACCCUCAUUGUAAAAUGUUACAACUUAUAACAAACUAUCUUUAGUUGCCGCUUUAUUUUAGAUUCUUAGUGACUACAUUUCUUUCAGUUUCCGUAUUCUCAGCCAGUUUGACUGAGAUUAAAGGAUUGCAUUCAAAGUAAAGGUUCCAUCCAUUUUUACCUGUGCUUUCAACAUCUGAAGAUCCAAUAUGUGUCAUGCUUCAUGCCCCUCCCCUCCCCAAAAUCUUUAUAAACAUGAUCUUUGUGAUUUUU